AUGGGGGUCCCUCUCGGCCUUCGGGUCCUGGGUCCUUGGACCUGGGUCCGCUCCGUUCAAGGUCCGUUGGAAGUGGAUAAGAAGGGAAUAAGGGGUCUGGGGCUGAAGGGGCGGCAGCCGAGUGGAGGCCGCCGGAUCCGAAGUCGAGAUGAAGAAAAAUUAAGGUACAACAACAUUUUCAAGGUUAACUCAAGUAAAGUCGAGGUAAAGCAGAUCAGAGUCGGUCACGUAGCGAAAAGGAUCAAGGAUGUAGAGCGCGGAAUCAUGACGGAACGCUCUCGACUCUCACACGGUCCUCCAGGCAUCCCGUCCGUUGGUACAGGGUGCAUCCAAGAUCAUGGUGGGAGGACAUUUGGGUAA